AUGCCACCCACGACGUCGCCGUCGUCGCAAACGACGUCGACGGCGACGAGGGCGACAACGAGGGCGACAACAACAGCGACGACGGCAACGACGGCAACGGUGGCAACGACGUCGACAUUGCCACGGACGACGGCGACGACGUCGACGGCGGCGGCGUCCACAUGGGGGCCUAGGCCCCGGUACCAAAGCCAAAGAAGGCUGAAAGCGAUCAUUCGCCGAGUGAUGAUGAAAGAGCAGAGGAAAAAGAUGAGACCGUCGCCGCCACCGGCGUACCCGAUGCCGCCGCCGCCGCCGCCGCCACCGGCGUAUCCGAUGCCGUCGCCGCCGCCGCCGCCGCAACCGGCGUAUUCGAUGCCGGCGUACCUGCCGCCGACGCCGGCAUAUCCAACGGCGACGUACGCGGCACCGACAUAUCCAACGCCGACGUACGCGGCACCGGCACCGGCGUACCCGAUGACACCGUACAUACAGCCGACGACACCGUAUGUGCAGCCGACGUACCCGCCGCCGACGUACCCGAUGCCACCGUUCCAUUAG